UGCCUGAGCUCAGAGUUGAGCAUCCCCAAGGAGGCAGAGCAGCAUCCUGCAGGGAAGAGCCCUCCCAGAGCCACCAUGCUCACUGCAAGGACAGUCCUGCUGCUCGUGCUGCUCCUCAGCCUCUCCCCAUGCUCCAGAGCAGGUCCUUACUCUCCAUCUGAGUGCUGCUUUGGCUACGUGAAGCGCCCUGUCCGCCUGGACAACCUGCUGGGCUUCUACUCAACUCCCAGGGAGUGCUAUUCCCCAGCAAUUGUGUUUGAGACCAAGAAAGAAGUCAAGAUCUGUGCAAACCCAGAGGACAAGUGGGUGAAGAGAGCAGUUACAGAGCUUCUAAAAAGGAAAGGGCUUCGUGCUCCCCUCAGGCACAGGCACCGGGCAGGGCUGCACAGAGCACAAAGAGCCACCCCAGGGCCACCCCAGAGCCACCUCAGAGCCACCAUGCUCCCUGCAAGGACUGUCCUGCUGCUCACCCUGCUCCUCACCUUCUCCCUGCACCACGCCACAGCCCACUUUGCACCCGUGGAAUGCUGCUUUAAAUAUGCACAGAAACGCAUCCGACACCCUCAGAGCUACUAUGAGACAUCCAAGGACUGCCCCAAGCCUGCAGUUGUGAUUGUGGCUGGCAAUGGUGAUGAGAUUUGUGCUGACCCCAAGAAGGACUGGGUGGCUAAAACCAUCAAACGGCUUCAAAAGAAAAUAGCAACUCCACCCACCAUCUGACCUGCCCGUCCAGCCCUCCUGUGUCUCGAGGCAGCCAAAGGUGCUGCAGCUCUUCUCCAGCAGUGCUGAGGCCUGGGCACUGCAGGAGGAGCCACCCCUGCACCCAGCAGGAUCAGGUGUCAGUGCCAUGGACCAGGCAGCUCCUCCUGCUGCCACUGCCCAGCUGAGCUGUGCCUGUGGAGCAAAUAUUUAUAAUAAAGACUCGUUGCUACAA